AUGUUGUUUAUUAUUUACGUAAUUCUUUUAGCGUUAAUUUUGUUAGUAGUUUACGUGAAGUCCACGUACACGAUAUGUCAAUCGAGAAGACGACUCGAUGGAAAGACUGCGAUAGUAACUGGAGGUACAGCUGGUAUGGGAUUACAAAUUGCUAAAGAUUUCGCAAGCCGUGGUGCUCGAGUAAUAAUCGCGUGCCCAUUCCAAAAAGAAGGUGAACAAGCACGCAAAUAUAUUAUCAAGAAGACAGGAAAUAAAGAAGUUGUAUUCAAACUUCUUGAUUUAUCAUCCAUAGCAUCAGUGAGAAAGUUUACAAAUGAAAUACUCAAAGAAGAGGAAAGAUUAAACAUAUUGAUAAACAACGCUGGAGUUUGUAUGGCUAAAGAGUAUAUUACAGAGGAUGGCUUAAGCUCUACAAUGCAAAUCAAUUAUUUCGGGCAUUUUCUUCUAACUUUAUUGCUGCUUCCUCUUUUAAAGACAUCAAGUAAACUUUCGGACGCAUCCCGUAUAGUAAACGUGACGUCCCAAGCGCACUUUCUUGGCAAAAUAGACUUUGAAAAGACAAAUGAUAUAAAGCAUUGGACACCAUUUGAAAUCUAUGCAAACAGUAAACUUUAUGUAACACUUUUUACUAGAGAGUUUGCAAAAAAGUUGAAUGGAUUUAACGUCGUGGUCAAUAACGCUGACCCAGGAUACGUGGCAACAUAUAUAACGCUGCCUAAUAACUUAACACUAAGAAAGAUUUUAUAUCCAAUAAUGUUUGCAUCGCGUGCUAUAUUGAAAACCCCAUGGCAAGGGGCUCAAACUGCUAUUCACGUAGCGUUAGAUUCUAAUGCAGAAGUGGUGAGCGGAGAGCUUUUUUUUAAUUGUAAACUCUCAAAAGCCACCAAAAGGGCUUAUGAUGAAGAUUUGGCGAGUAAAGUUUGGGAUGAAUCAGUGAAAUUUGUUAGAUUAAAUCCUAACGAGAUAGUUGCUUAA